AUGGAAAAAGCAAACCAAAUCACAGUGAAGGAAUUCAUCUUCCUGGGAUUUAGCAGCCUUCAGAAUCUCCAAGUUCUCCUCUUUGUGUUCAUCUUGUCCAUUUACAUGCUGUCACUCAUGGAAAAUUUUCUCAUCAUCAUCAUUGUCCUGGCAGAACCUCUCCUCCAUACUCCCAUGUACCUCUUCCUGGGGAAGAACUCCUUUCUAGAGAUCUGGUACACAUCAAUCACUGUGCCCAAACUGCUGGCCAACUUCUUGUCCAGGAGCAUCACCAUCACAGUAAACGAAUGUGUGACUCAGUAUUACUUCUUCUCUCUAGGAGCCACUUACUGCUUCCUCCUGGCAGUCAUGGCCUUCGACCACUACUUAGCAAUCUGCAGCCCACUGCGUUACACUACCGUCAUGAACCACAGGUUAUGCUUCCACCUCUCCACCAGUUCCUGGGUUGGUGGAUUCCUCUCCCCACUCUUGCCCACAAUUCUAAUCUCCCAGCUCUCAUUCUAUGGCCCUCAGAAAAUCAACCACUUCUUCUGCGACUCAGACCCAAUUUUCAAACUGUCUUGCUCUGACAUUUACAUUAAGGAGGCUAUUGCAUACAGCUGCAACUCUGUGGUCAUCCUAAGCUCCUUCUCACUCAUCAUGUCUUCCUACGUCAACAUCAUAGCCAACAUCGUGAAGCUGACAUCUGCCAAAACUCGGAAAAAGACCUUCUCCACUUGUGCCUCUCACCUCACCGUGGUGACCAUCUACUAUGGGACCAUCAUCUUCACCUAUGUCAGGCCCCCGCACAUAUAUUACUUUGGUUUAGGCAAAAAGGUGUCUGUGUUCUAUUGUGUCAUUACCCUACUGCUAAACCCUCUGAUCUAUACUCUAACGAAUAAAGAUGUGAAAAAAGCCAUAUGGAAAUCUUUUACUAGAAUGAGACGGUAA